AUGCAACGAGUUUGGUUGGUCGGCCGUACAUCCACUCCGUUCUUCCACCGGUCUUUUCUGCUCAAUCGACCAGCGACACUCGUUCGCCAUGCCCCCUCUCCUUCCAUCCUCAAGGCGUACGCGGAGCUGUCCAAGUCACGACUGAGUCUUCUGGUUGUGCUGACGGCCAUGUCGGGUGUAGCCCUAUGCCCCCUUCAUACCACCGUACCGACCCUUCUUGCAACAGCCGCUGGGACUGCUCUGUGUUCCGCGUCAGCCAAUACCCUAAACCAGUUACAAGAAGUCCCGUUUGACGCACAAAUGGCUCGAACCCGAAACCGCCCGCUUGUUCGUCGAGCCAUUACUCCGCUUCAUGCGACUGGCUUUGCCCUUGUGACAGGAAUAUCAGGACCAUUGCUGCUGUGGACAAUUGUCAAUCCAUUGACUGCAGUCCUUGGCGCUUCAAAUAUCGCACUCUAUGCUGGACUGUAUACGUGGAUGAAGCGCAAGUCCAUCUACAAUACCUGGGUUGGAGCUGUCGUUGGCGCCCUUCCGCCUUUAAUGGGCUGGACCGCAUGUGGUGGUCAUCUUCUCCCCUCAUCACUCCAUACAUUCACACCCUUCGCCAACACACCUAUCGACUUUGCCCUGAUCGACAACGCUCUUGCCCCAUUCGCCCUCUUCAUGCUGCUUUUCAGUUGGCAACUCCCUCACUUCAACGGACUUGCCCACCUCGUCAGAUCCUCUUAUGCACAAGCGGGUUAUAAAAUGCUCGCCGUCCUCGACCCUCGAAAAAACGCUUUGGUUUCGUUGCGCCAUGCUGUCCUCCUUGUUCCGAUUUGCUCUCUGCUUUUUCCAUUGUCGGGUCUGACGACAUGGACAUUUGCAUUCACUUCGUUAGCUCCCAAUGCUGUCUAUGUCCAGGCCGCUUGGCGCUUUUGGCGCGGUGGAAGUGAGCGAGAGGCCCGUCUCGUCUUUCGGCACAGUUUGUGGUACCUUCCAGUCAUCAUGGCUUUGAUGAUGCUGCACAAGCAGGGUGUAGAUUGGCUUCAGUGGCUUGGUUUUAAGAAGGUUCAGGAAACAGACCAGCACCAUCUACUGUGA